AUGGCCUCUCACGGUACCAAUUCCAUCAUUUGGCGCUUUGUUUUAGCUAUUGUAAUUGUUGCCCUUUUCACUCCAAACCUUAGUUCUGCCGAGCAAUCCAAGAUAGAUGGCUUGAAAAUGAAUGUAAUUGAUCGAUGUUGGAGACCGAAUCCUGAGUGGAGAAGGAAUCGGCCCCAACUAGCCACAUGUUCUGUGGGCUAUGCUGGCAAGAUGACUAACAACAUUGGCAAGAACCUCAUCCACUAUGAAGUUACUGAUCCCAGUGAUGACCCUAUAAACCCUAGACCUGGCACCUUGAGAUACGGAGCUUCCGUGAUUCAAGAUAAAGUAUGGAUAACAUUCCAAAGAGACAUGCACAUUAGGCUCGAGAGACCCCUUCUCAUUAGUAGUUUCACCACCAUUGAUGGUCGAGGUGUUAACGUAAACAUUGCUGAUAAUGCAUGCCUAAUGAUCUUUAAGGCCACCAACGUAAUCAUCCAUAGCAUUCGGAUUCAUCAUUGCAAACCUCAAGCCCCUGGGAUGGUGAUGGGGCCUAAUGGAAAGGUAAUUCCUUUGGGCCAAGUAGAUGGGGAUGCAAUCAGAUUGGUCACGGCUUCAAAGAUUUGGAUUGAUCAUAAUACACUUUAUGAUUGCCAAGAUGGUCUUCUUGAUGUAACGCGGGGUUCCACUGACGUGACCAUAUCCAACAAUUGGUUUAGAGCCCAAGACAAGGUUAUGCUUCUUGGCCAUGAUGAUGGGUAUGUGAGAGACAGGAACAUGAAGGCUACCGUUGUGUACAACCAUUUUGGACCUAAUUGCAACCAGCGCAUGCCAAGGAUUCGCCAUGGAUAUGCGCAUGUUGCCAACAAUCUUUACUUAGGUUGGGUGCAAUAUGCUAUCGGGGGAAGCAUGGAACCUAGCCUCAAAAGUGAAGCUAACCUCUUCAUAGCACCGACAACAGGGAGUAAGGAGGUGACGUGGAGAAAGGAUGGUCAUAAAAAUGGAGACAGAUGGGAAUUUCAUUCAGUGAGGGAUGCUUUUGAAAAUGGAGCCUCCUUUGCGGUAACAAAGGGAGGACGUGUGCCAAAGCCGGAUUAUAGCGAAGAACAAAGCUUUAAAGUUGUUGAUGCCAAAUCCGUAAGAUCAUUGACACGCUCAUCAGGUGCAUUGCGAUGCACUUAA